AUGUCCACCUCUCCGAACUCCCCGACCAAGAAAUACUACUACGCUUCCCGCCCCUCGUCCCGUCCUUCAAGGCAAGAAAACAGUUCCUCUGACUCGGCUCAAGUCCGGUCUCAGGCGAUAGCAAAGCUCAAACGAGCAGCAUCUCUGCCCAGGCAGCCAAACGGUAGGCGGCCAGAUGCACGGGCCGCACGAGAGGAGGUCGAAGAGCCCAUCGAAUCCGUCGGAGGCUCACGUCCAGUGCUCGAGAACGCAACGCCCGCCAAACAAAAGGGGCUCGGUGCUGAAUAUGGGGAUGAGCAAGAGAUGCUCUCGCCGUCGCCAGUGCACACUGCGUUUGACCAUAGCGCAAUGUACCCGUCGCCAAUCGAUCCAACCAAUGUGCAACGCUCGGCCUCGGCAGCAGACUAUUACAGCAGACCCUACGAUAACUCCAUGUCUCCCAUAGGCAACCAGACCCCAGACUGGCAUGCCAUGAAGCUGGCCCAGUCGUACCUUCCUUCGCUCACACCGACCAGCAUCUCUCAAUUUCACCCCCCGCGUAGUACCCCAAGUCCGUUGCCCACCCUUGGCGAGUUGCGGACACUGCAAAGGUCGAAUUCGCAAGCUGCACGAGCGCAUGCGAUGAACAAGUUGACUGGCGGGCAAAACAUUGCAGUGUCAGACGAGGACAUUACGCUUCACCCUUCACCUUCGAGGAAUGGGCUACAAAGAGCGGGCACCCUGGGAGCUCCUCGGGGGCUUGGUAUACUGGCCAGAAGAGCCAACGUGGAAGAGCCAGGAGUCAAGAUGGAACAGUCCAGCAUCGAUCUCGAAAAGCCUCGGCCCCGGCUACAAAGAAGCUUCACUGUGUCGUCUUCGAAUAUGGGAGAGGAGCGCCGCAGUGCUGUCGGAAGGAGGAUGGUAGAGCGCUUGGCUGAAAGGCGUGAAGCGAGCAAGAAUGAAGAAGCAGAGGUCAGAAGACUAUGGGAAGAAAGGCGAGCUGCCGCUGCGGAUCUUCCGGACAGUGGUCCCAUCAAGGACUCCCAAGACAGUGCUGCCCAGUCUUCUCCUGCUCGGCUAGGUGAGCCGCUCCCUGCUGCUUCCAACGACAUGCUUGCUGCUCCAGCUAUCGACAAUGACCGGCCUAUAUCUGGCGGUACUUUUCGAUCCGCUCAAUUUGAGUAUGAAGAUCAUCUGCGAAGAAGUCUAUCCAGUCGUACGGCUCGAGGGGCGCUGGGCACUGCUCCAGAGCCUGUUCCCACCAUCGUUACGGAUUCUCAGGGACUAGAGCCUGAAGAAGAGCAUCUGAAUACCCCAACAUCUGUACGGCCCGGUGAUACGGCGGCUACAGAAGCCUACCUUGACGAGUCUCCCCUUCUGCCUCCCCAACCGUCAUUUGCCACGCCAACUCGUUACACGAAUCACGAGACCGUCGAAGACGAAGGGACGCCGACUACAUCCACUCCUGGAGAUUCGACUACCAUGUCGGGGUUGGAUUCCAUGAUGUUUGUGAUGGAUGGGACUCCGACGGGGCAACACAGUAAUCAGGCAGGGGCGAUCGAAGGAAAUUGGCCGUCAGAUAUCGGAGAAGGGGGUAGUGAAUGGGGAACUCCAGGUAGAGAUAUACAUCAAUCUCAAUUCAUCAACUCUCCUUCAUUGUUGAGCUCGCCUGAUCCGAAUUCCACCAGCAAUGGCCACCUCUCACCUUCGUUUCGCGACUCGUCUGUCCUCGAGAGCCGCAUGUCGUGGGAAGAACUCCCGGUAACGCCCCAAGUUGCAGAGAACUCUUCUCAUUCUAGGUCAGGGAGUGUCAGCGCGAGGAUGAAGCGCUCUGUGCAGUCUGCUUUGCAGAAGCGUAGUCGAAGCAAGAGCUCCGUCAGCUCAAGCCCGCCCGUCUCUCCUAGUCAAGGCUCCCGCGGUUCUGGUGCAUCUGGCACUCCUUCCCAAAUCAGCAUUGCGCAAACCCAGUUCCCACCCCGGCCCGUAGCCCAGCACCAUCCGUCGAUUUCUUCCCUGGCUCCGUCACAAGCAGAUUCGUCGUCGUCGAAUCUCCUGAUCCAGCACCAACUGUCGGCCGAUCCCUCGCAGGUGUCGCUAUUACCCAGAGCCAACCUGAAUGAUCCAAGGAUCCACAUGGCCAAGAUGUCGCCCUUCCCGGGGAUCGAUACGCUCGCAGGCGGAGAAAGUCAAGGACGGCUGGAAGCGCCUCCCAAGUUGACGCAACAGUAUUCAGACUCUGUUGUUCCUUUGACAAACUCGGCGCCUGAAGCCCGUGACAUAUAUGCUCUCCCUCUCGAACCUCGUCCCGCGUCUGUUGAUGAAAAGCACGGCCCAGUGAAGCGUCUUUCGGAGGACAGCGUCAACAAGAAAAACUGGCUCGCCAAAGCUCUCGCUUCUCCUCGAGCUUCCAUUAGCCGAAAGAUGAGUAGCGAGUUCCGUGCGCAGCGAGAAAACAAUACGCUGGGGCAAGGUGCGAUGGUGAUUGGCUCUGAUGUUGACCCGUUUGCCAGCCCUCCCAUGGGCGCCACUCCGACAUUGGGGCAAGGAGCUACCCUCUCUCCUCCUCUACCCACCAGGUCAAGAGCAGCAAGCCCCACAAUUUCAAUGGUACCGGAAGCGAACGAAGAAGGCAGGGCGACACGGUUUGCCGGGAUGAACGGUGGGGUCGUGCAAGAAGCAGGAGAGGAACAAGCAUUGCCGGAAAAGUCGGUAGAGGUGCUCAAAAAGAUGGACGAGGUACUUGCUUUGGGGCCGGAUGAUCCUGCAAGACCAGAAAUCUUGGAUGAUCCACCUCGCAAGUUCUUGAUGUCUGCGCAGAUAUUGCAAGUCGUCAAUGCCAACACUGUCAAAGACAGAUUCUUGUUCUUGUUCAACGACCUUUUGGUUGUAGCCAAGCCACUCAUCACCGACGGUAUUCACGCCACUCUCGAUAUGAAAUUUCUCGUCAAGCAUAUCGUGUCCCUCGACAAGCUGUCCAUCUCUGGAAUCACAGAUGAACCCUCUUCAUCAAACGAGCCCGAGAGGCACCCGGUAGUCAAUGGAUUCAUCAAACGUUUCGCCGGAGAUCCUGAAGAGGCUUGUCGGUAUCUCGUUGAGAGGAGCCAGCCGAGAGUGGACUCUGCAACGCUCGCGAGUUUGAUCUUUAAAACGCCCGAGUUGGACAAAGCUCAGGUCGGCAAGGUCCUGUCUGGAGAUGCAAAGCUGGCCAGAGCAUUCGUCGACAGAUUCCACUUCAAUGCCGUCCGAAUUGACGAUGCUCUCCGCAUGCUCUUGCUGUCCAUCCGCUUGCCGACCAAUCCCAUCGCAUGCGAAAAUCUGCUCUGCAUGUUUGCAGAAGGGUACUAUGAAGCCAAUCGCGAGCGCGUACCCUACACGCGAAAAUUGACUUUCGAACUUGUCAUGGCGAUAAUGAGUUUCAAUGAUGCGCUCUACUCGACGUUUGGGUUCGCGCUGCCGAAUCAUGCGAUCACGUGGGAGACGUUCAUCAGUGCCUUCAGGAGCAAAGACCCUAGGGGGCUUGUGGCAGACCAGGUUCUGUGGGACGUGUAUAGCUCUAUACGGUCUAUGCGUCUCAUCCAGGCGCUAGCUUCCCACGAAUACCGACUCGAGCGUCCAGUGGUCAUGAAUCCUUCUCGACUACCUUCGAGACUGACCUAUGGUGUCUGGUCUGAGCGGAUAUACGUCUCCCUUCCUGCAGCAGACCCAAUGUUGAGGAUCAAGUUGCUGGGCGAGGGAUUGGAGUUUGAUCCGCCAGUGCUAGACUUUGCAGAGAGCUCGGAAGAAUCAUUCCGCGUGAGAGGUACUAGCUUGGGGUCGAAGAGCUUGUUGUUUGAUCGAGUCGGUAGUAAUGCCGCCCUCUACGCAGGUCUUGGUAAUACGCGCCACUUUGUUGUCGAGCGUGCCUUCAUGCGGUACACUUUCCAAAUAGCCUUUGUCAGCCAUCUCGGGCUCAAACGCAAAUACUGUUUCAGUGUCAACACCCCCGAAGCCCGCCACAAAUGGGGCAACUUGCUUGAAAGACAGAUCAAACAGACUAGGGCGUCAAAAGCCGAGUCUGAAGAGGUCUCUGGGCAUGAUGGAAGAGUGCGUCAGGCUAUCAGAAGGAAUGCUGAGGCGGUGUCACUACAGGUCUUGCGAGACGCUGUCAUUCCUGCCGAGGAAACGAAAGAAUCUGCCUCAGGCCCCACAUCGUCCUCCAUCGCCCCUCUUGUCUCAAGGCCGGCCACGGCGGCCACCGUCCGGCCUACCACUGGAACAGAUACCGUCAGCCCCGGCGAGCCAAGCGGCCGAUUCAGGACAGCAUCUAUCAGCGCUGCUUACACGCAGUAUGCGUUGAAGGAGGAGUAUGACCUGGGACCAUUAGUACCCACAAGGGGAAGACCGGGAGAGGCAUCUGAUGCGAUGCUUCGGUCGCAGACGGGAAAGGAGCUGGUGUUGCUGUGUAGGCAGAAUAGCUUGAUGUCGGGGCUGUUGGAGCUGUUGUAUGCGGGGACGGGGAAUGGAGUCAGUGAAGAAGAGUUGGAGCGGUCAGAGAGGUCGAGGGGAGUUAGAAUGUGA